AUGUCUAGUUUAGCGUACAUUAUCGAGGACUCAAUUGUGGACCCUCAGAAGCGGACCAUGACAACACUAACAUGGAAUAUUACUCAUGCUCGUCUCAUGUCUGUGGAGGAGCGGUGUGAGUAUGGCAUAUGUCCUGAGAAUGGAGGAUGGACUCAGAUAAAGAGAGAAGCUUGGAUCACUUCCAAUGUUUUUGGCCUUUCAAGAGCUAUUCAGGAAUUUGGACUGGCAAGAUUUAAAACCAGUGUUACAAAAACAAUGAAAGGUUUUGAAUAUGUUGUCGCCAAAAUACAAGGUGAAACACCCUCAAGAACCUUGGCAGAAACCGCCACUGAGCGAGCGAGGGAGACCGCGCUGGCAGCUAAAGAGAAGGCUAAAGGACUGGCCUCACAUGCUCAGAAGAAACAAUAUGUUUAA